GGCAAACAUAAUGAUAGUGUUAUUUUUAUUGAAAUGUUUUAAAAGGAGAAAAAGAGAAUCAAAAAACAGAUGAGACAAAUAGAAAACAACUAGUAAGUUAGUCGACUUCAAUCUAGCUAUAUUAAUAAUUCAUUAAAAGUAAACAGACUAAACACGCCAAUUAAAAGGCAAAUAUUGUCAGGUUGGGAGGGAAAAAAAAAACUCCAGUGUACAGGCUGCCUACAGUAGGUUCACUUUGAUAUGAAUACACAGGUAGGUUAAAAAUAAAAAGGAUGGGGCUCUUAAGUGUGUCACCUGGGCCGUCGCCAUGGUAAAGCUGAGCAAAGAGGCCAAGCAGAGGCUGCAGCAACUUUUCAAGGGAGGCCAGUUUGCCCCAGCAGGCUUCCUUCCUCUCGUGAUUUACCUGGGAUUUAAGAGGAGGGCACAUUCUGGAAUGCCUGAACCAACUGUUUCGAGCUUACUUUGGAGAUAAAGGACUAUUUGCUUAUCUGGGUUUGGAAGUAAUCAGUGCAGAGGAACAGUAUGGAUGAGAGAUAGGACACCCAGUUGGGUGGCACAGGACUCUUCUCAGAUGCGUCUGUGGCGGAGUGGAAUGUCCACUGACUUAUUUAUGAUAGACUGUACUAAAACAAAUAUUUUUAACAAUGAUAAAAAUAAAAGGACGAGAAAGGUAUAGCAUACAGAUACUAAUCAAAAGAAAACAGGGGGAGGGACUUCCUAGGUGGUACAGUGGUUAAGAAUCUGCCUGCCAGUGCAAGGGGACGAGGGUUCGAUCCCUAAUCCACAUGCCUCGGAGCAACUAAGCCCAUGUGCCACAACUACUGAGCCUACGCACCACAACUACUGAAGCCCAUGUGCCUGGGGCCGCGUUCCACAACAAAGAGAAGCCACCGCAAUGAGAAGCCCACGCACCCCAACGAAGAGUAGCCCCUCUGCUCAUCACAACUAGAAAAAGCCCAAGCACAGCAACAAAGAUCCAGUGCAGCCAGAAAGAAAGAGAGAGAGAGA